AUGUCAGCCAUCUCGCACCGCCAACGCGCAAGCUCACAUGGGAAACUCCAUGGCAAGACUGCACUGACGCUAUACUCGCCCGCUGACUCCAGCUGGGAACAACGAGCACUGUGCUACUUCUUUGAUCAGUACACCAUCAAAGCCGAUUCCGAGGACGGCGGACAUCUCGAAUAUCUGCCCCCGCUGUACGCACGCGAGCUAGGUCGCCAGAGCGGCGAAUCGCCGUCUACCUGUUUGCGCUGGGCAGUCGAGGCUACGGCGCUGAUGACCCUUGCUAAUGCGAAGAAUGCGCCACCUCUUAUGAAUAAGGCGCGGCAGGGCUAUGGGCGGGCACUGCGGGGUUUGCAGGAGGCGCUGGCGUCGCCGGUUAAUGCGGUCAAAGACGAGACGUUUGCUUCGGUUGUUUUGCUUACGCUGUAUGAGGAUAUCUCGGGUGAGCGUAAUGGGCUGUUUAGCUCGCAUACGGCCGGGUUUGAGUUCCUGACGAAACUCCGUGGAAACACCCUGAUAGAUCACCCGCGUGGACGAGAUAUGCUUACUUUUGCUUAUGCCCACACGUAUGUUGAAAUCCUCGCGCUGGGAGAUACGCUUCGCUUCGACAUCGACUUGGUCCUCGGCAUGCUAGACAUUAGCAGGCCAACCGAGCGCCUCAUACUCUCUGCAUCAAAGCUCUGUCAGUUAUUCCUAUACAUAAGCUCUUCGCCAAAACCCCCCGAUCAAGCUACCGUCGAAUCAUGGAUCACAGCCGGCCGCGAGUGCGACAUCGAACUCUCUCAGUGGACACAAACCCUCCCAGACCGCUGGCUCCCACUAGUCGUCUACUCACCACAGGGCGAGCCUCUCCUAACCUACAAGCGCCUCUCCAACGCCGUUGUCUGGAACUACUACCGCGCAGUGCGCGUGAUGGUACAGCAGCUUCUCCUCGGUUUAAACAGCACACUCACCUCCAUCAAAGCGGCCAACAAGCAAGUCUCUGAUCCCCGGAAUAUCAGCAGUUCCGAGGCAGAGAUGGAUUCCGUUCUCGACGAGCCGGCCCUGAAAGCCCUCAUCUGCGAAAUGACCACAGACGUCUGUCGCAGCAUCCCAUUCGCGCUUGCCGACGUCGAUUCCCUCGGUCGCCCGAAUAAGUCAGAUAGCCCGUUGCAAAUGCGCGCUGCGCAGGGUUACGGCUUGGUUUGGCCCCUCUGGUAUAUUCUGUCCUCGGGCAUGCCGACUCCGGCGCAGAUAGAGCUGAUCCGCACUGUGCUGUCGCGUGUCGGGUCCACGCUGGGAAUUAAAUUGGCGCUGGUCCUUGCUCGUGAGCUGGAGCGGAGAUUAGGAUGA